AUGCUCCGGGCCAUCGACGAGAAAGAAUGGUGCUCGGACCUACGCGGGGCGGUCAUGCUGCGCCUGGCUUCAGAGUCGGGCUUUAUGCUCGCUAGCAGAGCGGACAUCGACAAGGGAAAGACCGAGCGGGAGUCCCGGAAGGUGGUCACCAACAGGUACACGGACGGUAACGGCAACGCGCGGAAGGAAAUCACGUCAGACUACAUCCUAGAGACGAUGCAGGCUGAGAUCGAUAAGCAGGGUUUGCUUUCUAUCUUAUGUGUCAUGAGUAUUAUUUUCUUCGGCGUGUGUUUCAGAGUCGACGCGUCCAGCGUACUACAUGCGGGUGUGCUUUUUGCAUGA